AUGAUGGCAGCAUGGUUUGAAGCGGCGAGCAGUGUUGUUGCAUUUUCAAGGAGCUCCCCUGCAGACAUGUUGGUCGUUGAGAAUUGGCUCCACACUGUGAUUCGAUUGUUCAGCCUGCUGAGUGCAUCCGCCUUACAGGAACUGACGGAUGUUGCAUAUCACCACACUUGGGGAUUGCCAACCUUGGAUGCAUCUGCGAUUGAUCCACAAAGCAUAAGCACUCUUGAUGCUUCGUCCUGCAGAGUGGAGCUGCUUUACCAUUGGAUCCAGCAGUUCAUCUCAGAUGGAGCUCAGCUAGGCGUGCUCACUACACCUGCACCUUUGCUAAACCGCACCCUUGCAGAGCUGGCCAAGGGAAUGGACAAAUAUCAAGAUGCGAUGAAACAUUCCAAGAUCCCUUUUCCCUUUCCCUAUGCGCAAACUACCUUGGUGCUCUUAAUCUUCCAUUGGAUUCUGACGCCGCUGGUCAUGGCGCAGUGGACAACUACGGUGUUUGGAUCCGCAGUCUUCACCUUUGUUCAGGUAUUUACCUUGUGGUGCCUCAAUGCUACAGCUGUGGGUUUCGAGCGGCCAUUCGGGGGAGAGGCAAACGAUAUUGACCACAUCGACUUACAAAUGAUGAUGAACAAAAGCCUCAUCAACUUGAUGGAACCACGAUCUCGCCGACUUCCCUUCAUCCCAGCUACAACGUAUCUCGACAUCGAGGUACUACGGAAAAGGGACACAAUCCACGCGGCUGCAUUGCAGCAGGAAGGCUGGGAGCUAAAGGAUAUAGACUGGAACGCAGGUAUCGCUGGUAUGGCAGGUGCUUUCCAAGCUUGUUGUCGUUCCUGCAGUAAACGACGCAGACCUACUGCAGGGCGCAGCCUCAUUGCAGUCUCUACACGCUACAGCAGCAAACGUUAUUGUGAAAUAGACGGAGAAAAGACAGCCGUGCUGACUGUCGGAAUCGUUGGCUCCGAAUUGUUCUUGGCACUGCCAGCCCUUCCAAAUGACACCCGGAACACGUUUGAAGUGCUCAACGUCGCAGGGCGCCCCUGCACAUUGCGAGCAAAGCGGAUCCCAAUCCAACAAAGACAUUUGCUGACUAAAGGACCAGAUCCGGCAUGGAAUGACGAUUAUCGUGAUUUUCCACCGGAGUACAACUUUGCAGCUGAAGCACUGGCAAGAGCAUACGAGAAGCAGAAGGGGUCAAGAGCAGAGGUAGGAAGACAUUCCCAAGGCGAAGAGGCCAAAGCGCCUUGGUGUUACUGUUCCCAAAGAAGUAACGCGGUGCCGUAA